GUUACAGGUGUUUCCACCUACAGCCCUUCCGAUUACUUUUACUUAGUAUUUGCGUGGUAAUUUACACCAUCAAAUUGGCGCCAUCCGUGGGACCUAUUACGAAAAGUCAUGACAAGCAAUCAGGAAACCGUCAUCUCACAAAUCUUUGUUCCCGUUGAGAACGUCGCCUCAUUCCCGGGAGGGAGUGCGCAACCCUCAAACCAGAUUCCUACCCCCAUCAUCACCAUUCCAACACCUACUCCAUUCGCUUCCCCCGUCACCUCUAUCCCUAUUUUUUCUCCAAAUUUUCCCGGGCCCGUGGACCCGCUGUUUUCACAGGCAUUCCAAAAUUUUGGGCAGUUCAUGUCCAUGUUUCAACAGUCGGGGGGAUUUUCACCUUUCAUUCCCGGGUUAUACCCACAAUCCUUGCCCCAAACUAAUAUCAUCCGCCCGGUCGCUCCAACAAACCUGAUCGGAGAGAUGGACAAAGCUAGUCCGUCCCGGUCCAGAAGGAGUUGGUCCCGAAGGUCACGCACGCAGAUCACGCCCGAUGGCGAUGUGCGAUCAGUCCAUAGCAGGGAUGAGGAUUGGGAUGUACCCCAGGCACAAAAGAAGCUGAAGGGAAAAGCUAUUCAACCUGAAGGGUCCAGGAGGUCAGCGUUUCAAAGGCUUGGCCAUGAAGGCCGAAAUCAGAACCGACCUGCCAAAGAACGACUAGGGGUGGAAACAACCAUGUUGAGUGCUUUUGAUCGCCUGGGUAGAGGGGCCGAACGACCUGGUCAGACCAGGCGCACGGAACCUCCCCAUCGCGAAGAGCCCCAACAUAGCCGGGCGCCCCAUGAAGAAGAAGCAGAGAGCCACCCCAGGCACAUGACUCGUACUCAUGUUGAACCACGGGAUCGUGUGGGCCGGGUGGAGGCACGUCUGGAGAAACUACAGCGCCGGGUGGACCGGGAAGAGAAGAAGAAAGUUCUGUUGAACGAAUCUCCGUUCACAGACCGGGUCCAUGAAACCCCAUUUCCAAAGAAGGCAAAACUUGAGGUCCCAAAGUUCACCGGGAAGGAGGACCCGGAAAUUCACGUCAAAACCCUCCAUCAAAGCGGACGGAUGAUGGGUCUUUCCGGGGAUGAGAAGUGUUUGCUUUUCUUUCAAACCCUCCGCGGCCGCGCCGCUGAGUGGUUUCAUAACUUACCGGCCGGUGAGAUCGAUUCUUUCGAUGAACUGGCUGAGCCCGGUCAGAAUGAGGUCGACCACCUCGCUGAGCUGAACCUGGUGGAAGAACGAAGGACCACAGCAGCUGUCAAGGUGGCCGGUUACCAGCAGUCAGUAAAGCGGUAUCAUGACAACCAGGUAGGCCCGCAAUAUUUCCAAGUGCAUGAUGAAGUUUUGCGCAGAAGGGAUGCUAGUAAGCCUAAUGAGAGGGGCAAGCUGGGCGUUAAGCCAUUCAGGAAACAGGUCGGCCUUACAAGCACCCGGGCAAAUGCUUAAAUCUCGGGUUAUUAACCAACCGGGAGGAAAUUAAUAAAACUUAAAGUCUUCCCGGUCGACUAUCCA